UCCUCCUCCUCCUCCUCCUCCUCUCCCCAGCCCCUCCCUUUCCGUCUCUGCUCGCCUCUAUCCUCUUCAGCCUUGCCUGCCUGUCAGAAAGGUACUCCAGUAUUGGAGGCUAGGCUACCCUCCUCCUCCUUCCCCGGACCUCGUACGAGAGAGCCAGCCACCGUCGUACCCCAAGGCUCGGGCUCCCCCCCAAACUCACGGGCAACCAACCAUGGCAACCACCGCUACUUCCACCAGGUUUACCGACGAGUACCAGCUGUACGAGGAGCUCGGGAAGGGAGCUUUUUCAGUGGUGCGUAGGUGUGUAAAGAAGUCAUCAGGACAGGAAUAUGCUGCAAAAAUCAUCAACACUAAGAAGCUGUCUGCAAGAGACCAUCAGAAGCUAGAGAGAGAGGCUCGCAUCUGCCGUCUCCUGAAGCAUCCCAACAUUGUGAGACUCCAUGACAGCAUUUCAGAGGAAGGCUUUCAUUACCUAGUCUUUGACCUGGUGACAGGAGGAGAGCUGUUUGAAGACAUUGUAGCCAGGGAGUACUACAGCGAGGCUGAUGCCAGUCAUUGCAUUAGUCAGAUCUUGGAGAGUGUCAAUCAUAUCCACCAGCAUGAUAUUGUGCACAGAGACCUCAAGCCUGAGAACCUGUUGUUGGCCAGCAAGAUGAAGGGAGCUGCAGUGAAGCUGGCAGACUUUGGCCUUGCUAUUGAGGUGCAGGGAGACCAGCAGGCUUGGUUUGGGUUUGCGGGCACCCCCGGCUAUCUAUCCCCUGAAGUCCUGAGGAAGGAUCCCUACGGGAAGCCUGUGGACAUAUGGGCUUGUGGUGUUAUUCUCUAUAUCUUGUUAGUGGGAUACCCUCCAUUCUGGGAUGAAGAUCAACACAAACUCUAUCAGCAGAUCAAAGCUGGAGCAUACGAUUUCCCAUCCCCAGAGUGGGACACAGUGACUCCAGAGGCGAAGAACCUGAUCAACCAGAUGUUGACCAUUAACCCAGCCAAGAGAAUUACUGCCGAACAGGCCCUCAAACACCCUUGGGUCUGCCACCGUUCAACAGUGGCAUCUAUGAUGCACAGACAGGAAACUGUCGAGUGUCUCCGCAAGUUCAAUGCUCGCCGAAAACUCAAGGGAGCCAUUCUCACCACCAUGCUGGUGUCCAGAAACUUCUCAGUGGGCCGGCAGCAUACCAACUCUGCUGCUGCCGCCUCCUCCACGGCCUCACUGGCUCAGGAAGCAUGCAAAAGUUUACUCAACAAGAAGUCAGAUUCUGCUAAGCCUUCUACCAACAACAGUAAGAACAGUAUAGUGAGCGCCAUCAAUGCCCUGAAAGACACCAACAUGGCAACCAACGCCCAGAUGGAAUCUCAGAGCACAGUGGUGCACAACCCCCCUGAUGGAGUCAAGGGAUCAACAGAGAGCAAUGCCACCAACGACGAGGAGGAAAUGAAAGGUAGGAAAGCGGACAGUUCGGCGCUGAGUCAGAGCAGCGCCACAGAGGAGAUGCCCCCACUUCUGCCCUCACCUCAAAGCUCACCUGCCAUUCCACCGCAUGACGUAAAGCGCAUGGCAUGGAACAGCACAGGCAACAGCUCCUGCCCUGACUCUGAGCUCUCACAGUCCUCCAUGCCUGCCGCUCCACUAGGGAGCAACACUGUCGCUGCUGUAAACAACACUAAGCAGACUCGUAAACAGGAGAUCAUCAAGAUAACGGAGCAGCUGAUUGAAGCGAUCAACAAUGGAGAUUUCGAUGCCUACACGAGGAUUUGCGAUCCUGGACUCACCUCUUUUGAACCGGAGGCCCUGGGGAACCUGGUGGAGGGCAUGGACUUUCACAAGUUCUACUUUGAAAACCUGCUGAGCAAGAACAGCAAGCCCGUGCACACCACCCUGCUCAACCCACACGUCCACCUGAUCGGCGAGGACGCCGCCUGCAUCGCCUACAUCCGGCUCACACAGUUUGUGGACACCACGGGCCGCCCUCGCUCCAGCCAGUCGGAGGAGACCCGGGUGUGGCAUCGUCGCGAUGGCAAGUGGCUCAAUGUUCACUUCCACUGCUCAGGAGCACCUGCUGCACCACUACAGUGAUCAGUGGUCCUGAGCCUCCAGUCUACUGGAGUGUGUGUUUUGGGGGGCAGUUUUUUUCAGCGAGCGUGUUUAAGAGGCACGUCCUCUGCGUGGAUUGGCUAGUGCCAGGAGCCCGGCCGGGCGAGAUCGCAUCCCUCUCCACGAUACCAACCAAUCCUGUCCCCCCUUUGACCUGCUGGGGGCCGGCUGAACACAAGACACCGCCCCCAUGGGAUGAUGCAUGCAUCUGGCGCCUGAUUGGAGGGCGCGUCUUUGCCCUCUAUCCCUCCCCUGGCAGCCAUCUUUUUUCUGCCCGCGCGAGAUGAGACGUCCUGCGUGAGGAGAGGAUUUACAGUUGAACUUGUGACAGUUUAUGAGUAUGAGUUAUGAAUAUGCUGUGUAAAUUAUGACUAGAUGUACCAGAAACCACCAAAACCCAACCAGGCAUUUAUAUUCACUAUCUAAUAAGGGAGGAACAGAAAGGGAGUGUGAGGUUAGCAACUGAGAUUUCGGACACAUUUUUUGGCAUUCUAGGGAUUACCGGGUAGAAAAGUGUUGUGCUCGUUACCCGGACGUUGGUGUAAAGAUGUAGGGAGAUUUUCCCCAACUGAAUUUUAGUGGGAAGGAAAAAAAAUCAAGUCCGCUCAGUCAGAGAACUUGAUGACGAGAGAAACUUGAUAUCAAAAACAUGAAGCACCAAAGUGUAGAACUUUAGGCUUUUUAUGUGUUUAUGUGUUUUCGUUUGUGUGCUUGUUUUCCGACCGAACGGAAAAUCGUGUUGUGGGAUUUACGUGGGAGGGGUGGGAUUGGGCGGGGGGGCGGCGUCUGAUUUGAGGUUACACGUUUUUGUUGUGUUUUUAGCGUCCUGUUCCCUUUGCGUUUCUGUGAAUAACCGGAGCCUCAAUUUUUUUUGUUUUUUUUGUUUUUUUAUGUCAGACUGAUCAUGUAUUCGAGGCUCCUUUUUUUUUUUUUUAAAGCAGCUGAGCUGGGAUUUUAUUGUGCAAGUUUCAAAGCUAACCUGCGCGUGUUAACACGUUCUGUUGUGUCUGUAUGCAGUGGAGGGAGAGAGUGAGCCGGGAAAAGGCGUCUGCGUUUUGCAUGUUUGCCCGCCGCCUCUCCCUCAUUCACCCUUUCCCCGACCUCUCUCUCUCCGUUUUUCUCUCUCUUAAACCAUUCCCUCUUUUAACCCACCCCCCCACUCCUUUUCUCUGCUUUCUGCAAGGGCCUGGUUUGUUUAUAAUCACUGUGUAAAUACAGUGUAUGUAUAGAUAUAUGUAGAAAAGUGUAAUAUAUGUACAUGUAUCUAAGAGACACUCAUCCUGUGCAUCUGGGCAUGGGAACCACCCCAUGACCUCUGUGACCCCCUGAUCUAGUUUAGGAGCAACAUUUUCCUCACUGAUUUCAAUUUUUCUUUUAAUUCUCCUCCUUAAAGUACUUCCUUAAAAUAUCGGUAGCUCUUGAUGAUUCACGACGAGCAUGAACACACACUGACGUGGGCUACCAGCUCUAGUCCCGUGGCCGUAAGACUGUUUUUAGAGACGGGGAAUAAAAGAAAUAACAGGUUGAAAAUAGCUUGACCCCUCCGCCCAACAAGACUUUUUAAACAUGAAGACCUUCAUCGUAGUGUCCUUAACUCCUGAUCCCACAAUGCUGUGAGCCGUCUCUUCAUAUCAUAUGCACACACACGCACGCCUGGUGGUGUGUUUAGGCUUUGUAACAUAUCUGCACCACUGCUGUGUGACCACGGUGCCACCCUUGCUGUGCUGCUUAAUUGUCUCCAUCCAUCCACGACAGUCGUAUCUUAAACCCCCCUCCCCCCCUUUCUCCCUUGAAAUCUAUUUCCCUCCCUGUGUACCAACGAGUCCCUACUCUUGAGAUGUUUAUUUGUACCUCUCUCUGUUGUUUCUCUGUUCCCGUGUUACUGGUUUGAGUUUUUUUGUUGUCGUCGCUGUUGCUGUUAACUUUGUCGUUUGGUAAUUUGCCGAUCUGCCAAGCUGGAGUUCUGCACUCUCCCUCACACACAGGAAAAGAAAUGAAGAAGAAGAAGGGAAAAAAAUAGAGGGAGGAAGUAAAAGACAACACAAAAAUUACAGAUUGAGUGAUCACAGAUGGAUCAGGACUAAAAAAAUAUUUAUUAAUGUAAUCUACCCUUGGUGGUUUUAAAUCGUGCCUGCUCAGUUUAGAGGAGUUUUGAAAGCCAGAGAGAGAAAGAGUUGGUGUGGGUGUACAGGUUUUUGUGACCUACACUGUCGAACCAGAGCGGGAGACCUAGUUAUAUGCAUGUUUCAGUUACACAUUUCUACCAUGUACCUACCUGAAUAAGGAUGGAGCUAGUGUUAAUAUAUAAUAUUUGCAUCUUUUGAAAUAAGAAUUUCCUCCAUCCAGAAUGUUGAAUAGGUGACAUGAAAAAUACAAAAAAACGCAAAAUUUUUAAAAAAAGGAUUCAGGAGCCGUAGCUUGGUAUGAGGCCCUCGAUGUUAGCGUUUUCCCUGCGUUGUAAUGAUAUACUAUUGGGCUGCGCUUUCUCCCCCAGCCUUCACAUGGAUGCUGGAGUUUUUUUGCAUGAUCAUGAUGUACAAUGAAAUACAACCAUGAAUUGACGACUAUCAAGUGUUUGUCUGAGUGUUAGUUGGUCUUCAUCAUAGCUUUGUUAUUCUUCAAACUUGGAUCUUGAAAGUAUUUAAUAAAAAUACUAUUUCAGCACUG